AUGAUGAUAGUACCUACCACCUGGUGUUCCGGCCGAAUAGCUUUUCAAGAAGUGCAGUUGAAAGGUGACUGGCUCAAAUCCAAGACAAUCACCCUCUAUGCUAGGGCUUUCGGAGUAAUUGACAUGCAUAAAUCAGGGAACUCCGAACGGGAUGAGACUGAGAGGCGCUUGCGGGAACGGUUACAAGCCAUCACACUUACGAGUUCUGCUCAGAAACAUCGGGACAAUUUGGAGCACAAACGAUUAAAGGCUUCAAAGAAGAGUCGGCGGAAAAGAGACAAAACGAAGGAACCAGACAGCACCGGGUUGAAAAAACCAAGCGGGAAGGCUACUACCACAGCCACCGGGUUGCUGUCGAAUCAGAUAGAGGAGUAUCAGGUUCAACCGGGUGAUACACUGACCAGCGUGGCCGCCCGAUUCGAUCUCACACCGUCCGAACUGUGUCGAAUCAAUCGCCUGUUUUGCCGAAGUCUCUUCCCCGGCCAGUUGAUCAAGAUUCCCAAAGUUGCCGCAGAUGUCCCAGACCAAACGAAGGACCCCAACACGUCGGUCGAUGAUGCCCAAUUAAAAAGGGACAAUAAUCAAUCGUCAGACGAUAUCCGUGCAACAGGUUGCCUAAAAAUAACCGAUGACGGGACGGAUUUGGCUGAACAGAUAUCGUCACAAGAAAGAAAUGAUGGGGACGAGAAAGUUCGAUCUCUGAGGGCACCAGAGGACGCAAACAGUACGGAAGCGGACAAGGUAUCAGUCCAAUCAGAUGAGUCCUCUGAGCUGGAAGAUACUUCCGAAUCGGUAAGCCGUGUGGGUUUUUCUCGUGCAUGUACCCAUUGUUUUACUUUAAAAGCCAAGUAA